GCUUUGUCUACGCCAUCCUUGUCGUCUGAGGCCAUGCACGGAGGCUACGAGUUGCUGAAGGAUCCCGGCGAGCAGCCUGCUCCGCCUAACAGAAGGAUCCGGAGCAGUCGUCGCGUCGCCUUAAUUGUACUGAUCUGCGGUGCGAUCCUCUUUACCACGCUCUACGCAUUCGCGCCCAAGGUUCGCUUGCUCGAUGACUCCACCUGCCGGGUCCAGCCUACUCCUGCAGCGGAGGACCUGCUUGCUCCUGAAAAGCCCCUCGGGCAAUGUGCUACUUCUAGCCCGAAGGCCGCUAAGGCUCCCGCACCGGUAAACCUCUGGUCUUCGUUGACAGUCAGCGAGACCGUUGCUGUCUACAACUGGCUGAACAACCCUGGCCGUGGCCUGAACCUCACGUCCCCGGAGACUGCGAUCGUAUCUGACAACAUCAUCUUCCACAUCGAGGUGUAUCGUCCAUCCAAGGCCGACGCACUUCGCUAUUUAGAGUCUCCCGUCGACGUCAACCUCCCCGAGCAGUAUGCGAGGGUUACCAUUCAUCAUGCCGCCCGCACCACUGAGGAAGGUGGUCCGGUGAUCAAGGAUUACUUGGUUGGACCUCUGCCUGUCGGCCAGAACACUUCCAUGCGCGAGUUGACAGAGAUCUACCAUCGCGAAGACAUUCCGUACAAUGCAAGAGGGUUUUCCUUGCCUGCAGAGUUUACACCUCUGUUAAUGAAACACAUGCCUCGCUCAGCCGAGGUCACCAAGGAACUUUUCGAUGGGGUCGCUUUAGGUCUUCCAAACGACACCCUCGUCGCAGGUUUGACAGGUCCCUUCAGCUUCGACGGUACUUUCCGCCGCACAUGGGUUAGCUGGCGUAAAAACGUCGCUGGCGCUUGGCUGCACCCAGUAGGUUUCUACCUGUAUAUCGACUUCUCUGGCACCGACUCUAACCAGUGGGAGGUGCUAAAGGUCGUCUACAACCGCCAGAUCUUUUUUACCUUUGACGAAUUCCUCCAGGCCUACCACAACGGUACCCUGAGCCGCCUUCCGUCUCGGCCUGAUCAGACCAAUGAUACUGAUUGGUCGACUCGGUAUCGCCCCAAGGGCCCGCCUCGAGACCUUGAUCACCUCCCGGGGCCGCGCCAAGUUUCAUUCGCCGGUCUGAGAUUCAGAAUCGACAGGGAGCUCCAGUACAUCAGCUGGCUCGGUUGGGGAGUAUAUCUGGGCUUCGACAGAGAUAUGGGCUUGAGUCUGUGGGAUAUCAGGUUCCUCGGCGAGAGGAUUGCCUAUGAGAUCUCGCCGCAAGAUGCUCUUGCUCAGUAUGCUGGCAAUGAUCCUAUGCAGACAACGACAGCGUGGCUCGACCGUUUCUUCGGCAUGGGCUCCGCCGUCCGCGACAUGCUCCCUGGCUACGAUUGUCCCUACGAGGCGGUCUACCUGCCAGCGACGACAUAUACCGGCAUCGGCAGCAUCACGCGCGAACGUGCGAUUUGUGUCUUUGAACAUGACACAGGACGACCCAUCACGCGGCACACGGGAUUUAGAGAUGGCGAAUUCGGUGCUGUGAGGGGUUAUAUCCUCACAAUUCGCAGCAUCUCUACUAUCGGAAAUUAUGACUACAUGUUCGAUUACAUCUUUCACAUCGACGGCACGAUUGAGGUCAAGGUUUCGGCUUCUGGAUAUCUCCAGGGAGGCUUCUGGGAGCCUGCGCAGACGGGAUAUGGCACAGCAAUUCGUGACACUACCAUGGGCUCUCUCCACGAUCAUGUCAUCAACUUCAAGGUUGAUCUCGAUAUCGUCGGCACGGAGAACUCGCUUCUAUUUACGCACACCGACACUGAGGAGGUAGAGCAUGAUUGGUUUGAUGACGACUGGGGCAAGACCACUAUUCAACAGAAGAUCACGCGCGAGAUCAUAGAGAAUGAGAACCAAGCGCUGCUGAAGUACCCGAGCAACUUCCAGGGCGGGUAUUCAUUCGUCAAUCAGGAGAAGAAGAACCGGUGGACCACCCCGCGGGGGUAUGCAAUCCACCCAGGAUAUUCGCCUGUGCACAACACGGUCGUCGGCUCUAAGCGUCUUCUCAAGAAUGCCAAUUGGGCGCGUUAUAAUCUCGCCGUCUCCAAGCGCAAGGACGUCGAGCCCACCUCGAGCAGCAUGUGGAACCUGAACCUGCCCGGCAAGCCUAUGGUCGACUUCCACCGGUUCUUUGACGGCGAGAACAUCACACAAGAGGAUCUCGUCGCAUGGGUCAACGUCGGCAUGCACCACCUACCGCAGACCGAGGACGCGCCGAACACACGUACGAAUGUCGCCACGUCGAGCUUCUUCCUCACGCCGCUCAACUACUUCGACGCGGACGUCUCGCUCGACUCGGUGAACGCGGUCCUGCUCACGCCACCAGAAAUUCCCGGCGCGCCGUACGCUUUCGACGACUACGGUGUCGCACCCGCGCACUGCGUGCCGCCCGAGGUCCCACCGUUCGAGUACGCGGGCCUCAGCGCGUUCGGCCUUGACGGCGCUGCGGCGCCGCCGGCGAGCGCGGAGGAGAUGCGCAAGGCCGCAGAAUUGUACCACCGGAUCAAACUGGAGCUCUGAAGUGUUCGCGCAUGCGAUGUGGCAAGGGUUGAGAGCUCGUAAGAUAGGUAGGAAUAGAGACAGAAAGAGUACAGGAUAGCUAUCGCUACAAGGUGCUACUCGGUAAUCGAUAAAGAGCGUGGGCAGAGAGAGCUACAGCGUCUGGAGGAGGCAAGAGUGUCUAGCAAGUAAACAACGUUCUUCUUCUAAGUUUCAUAGCCGUUCGAAUAUCUGCGCGGGCCGUGAUGGCCCGCUGUCAAUAACGGUGCGCGAAGGUGCCUGGGGCUUUUACGCGGACACGAAGGUGAAAGUCUGGAGCGGACAAUGAGCAC